AUGCUGAGAGAGGAAGUUAGAAUAAGGAGGGAACAGUUAGGAUUUAUGGAGGGAAGCGGAACAACGGAUAGAAUAUUUUGCAUAAGGCAGCUGAUUGAGAAAUUCAGAGAAAAACAACGAGACCUGCAUCUGGUAUUCAUAGACCUUGAAAAGGCCUAUGGCAGAGUGUCAAGGCAAGAAAUAUGGAGAUGUUUGAGGGAGAAGUUGACACCGGAAAAUUAUGUCAGAAUUAUUCAGAUGUACAGGAAUGUGUAUACUAGAUUGAGAAGCAGUGUUGGAGAGACAGAUGGAUUUGAGAUACGAGUGGAUUACACCAGGGGGAACUGCAGGUCUAUGAGGUUUACCUUUUGUCUUAGGAAUCAAGCCCUCAGCACUCUUCAGAGUGGAUUCAAUGAAGUAGUCAUAGGCAUCCAGAGAUUAGGGUUCUUGGCUGACAAACAGCUUUCUGUAUUCGAGGCUAAUGCUUAG